AUGCCCUCACCAGUCGUCAGAACCAAGAUCGUCAAGAAGAGAACCGCCAGGUUCGUCCGCUUCCAGUCGGACCUCUUCGCCAGAGUCAAGCCCUCAUGGAGAAAGCCCAGAGGUAUUGAUAACCGCGUCAGGAGAAGAUUCUCUGGUGCUCGCCCAAUGCCAUCCGUUGGUUACGGUUCGGACAACUCCACCAAGAACGUCUGCCCAGACGGAUACAAGCACUUUGUCAUCAGAAACAUCAAGGAGCUCGAGGUCCUCCUCAUGCACAACAGACGUUAUGCUGCCGAGAUCUACCACGGUGUCUCUGCUCAGUCCAGAAAGGCCAUCGUCGAGCGUGCUCGUGAGCUUGAUAUCAAGGUCACCAACGCCAACGCCAGAUUGAGAAGCCAGGAGAGCGAGUAA